UGGGCUCCCGGUCGCGGGCGCAUGCGCGCUGCGGGCGCUGGUGCGGGACAGCUGGAGCCGGCAGCAGCCCAGGGGUCGGAGGCGGCGGCAGCGGCGGCCCGGAGCAAGCUUUGCUGCAGGGAGCCGCAGCAGCCGCCGCCCCCGCGCAGAAGGAACCUUGGCCACCGGAGGACCCUUCCUCGCUUUUGGAAAUGGCGGGUGAAAUCACAGAGACCGGGGAACUCUAUUCUCCCUACGUCGGACUGGUGUAUAUGUUUAACCUCAUUGUGGGCACCGGUGCGCUCACCAUGCCCAAGGCCUUUGCCACGGCCGGGUGGCUCGUCAGCCUGGUCCUGCUGGUGUUCCUGGGCUUCAUGAGCUUUGUGACAACGACUUUUGUGGUGGAGGCCAUGGCAGCGGCCAACGCUCAGCUCCGUUGGAAGAGGAUGGAAGCCCACCAGGAGGAGGAGGACGACGACUCCUCCACGGCCUCCGACAGCGAUGUUCUCAUCCAGGACAACUACGAGCGGGCAGAGAAACGGCCCAUCCUGUCUGUGCAGAGACGCGGAUCUCCGAACCUUUUCGAGAUCACAGACCGGGUGGAGAUGGGGCAGAUGGCCUCCAUGUUCUUCAAUAAAGUGGGCGUCAACCUGUUCUAUUUCUGCAUCAUCAUCUACCUGUAUGGGGACCUGGCCAUCUACGCCGCCGCCGUGCCCUUCUCCCUCAUGCAGGUGACCUGCAGCGCCAUGGGCAACGACUCCUGCGGGGUGGAGGCGGACGCCACGUCCAACGACACGGACCUGUGCUGGGGGCCCCUGCGCCGCGCGGACGCCUACCGCAUCUACCUGGCUGUCUUCACUCUCCUCCUCGGACCCUUCACCUUCUUUGACGUCCAGAAAACCAAGUACCUGCAGAUCCUGACGUCGCUGAUGAGGUGGAUCGCGUUCGCCAUCAUGAUCGUGCUGGCCCUGGUCCGCAUCGGGCACGGGCGUGGGGAGGGACACCCGCCGCUGGCCAGCCUCUCCGGGGUCCGGAACCUGUUCGGCGUGUGCGUCUACUCCUUCAUGUGCCAGCACUCCCUGCCGUCCCUCGUCACCCCCGUCUCCUCCAAGCGCCACCUCACACGCCUGGUCUUCCUGGACUACGCGCUGAUCCUGGCCUUCUACAGCCUCCUCUGCUUCACCGCCAUCUUCUGCUUCCGCGGCGACAGCCUCCUGGACAUGUACACCCUCAACUUCGCGCGCUGCGACGUCGUGAGCCUGGCCGCUGUGCGCUUCUUCCUGGGCCUCUUCCCCGUCUUCACCAUCAGCACUAACUUCCCCAUCAUCGCCGUGACCCUCCGCAACAACUGGAAGACGCUCUUCCACCGCGAGGGGGGCACGUACCCCUGGGUGGUGGACCGCGUGGUGUUCCCCGCCAUCACCCUGCUGCCCCCUGUGCUGGUGGCCUUCUGCACCCACGACCUGGAGUCCCUGGUGGGCAUCACGGGGGCCUACGCGGGCACGGGCAUCCAGUACGUCAUCCCCGCCUUCCUGGUGCACCUCUGCCGCAAGGACACCCAGCUGGCCUUCGGCUACGGGACCGUCAACAAGCACAGGUCCCCUUUCCGCCACACCUUCUGGGUGGGCUUUGUGCUGCUCUGGGCUUUCUCCUGCUUCUUCUUUGUCACCGCCAACAUCGUCCUCAGCGAGACCAAGCUCUGAUGGCAGGACGUGUCUGGUGACAAGAGGAGCGGGGGCCCCCCCCCCGCCGGCAGAGCCCAGAGCUAGUUGCCUGCCAGGUCUCCGUGGGGCAGGCAAGGCCCGGGCUCUUGGAGGAGACCCUCCACACCUCCAGCUGGGGGGCUCCUCCCCACCCAGGAUUCCGCACAGUCUACACCUCACCUCACUCGCUGGGGUCACCUUCCUCCAGGCCCCCCCACCUGGGGUUGCCCCCGGCCAGCCGAGUCCCACCUCCGGGGCACAUGCUGCUCCCCAACUCGAGGACUGGUUACUGGGAUCGAGUCUUCUGCUUUCACACACCCCACCCCCAGGGUAGGCGGGCUCUUCCCCCGGAACGGUGGAGAUGCAGUGCUGGCACUGCCACGGUUUAUACCAGACACGUCCCCCCCCCGUCCCCCCACCCCCUAGCCCGCUCUCCCAGGUCCUUCCUCAUCCUUGUCUGGGAAAUCUGCUCCAUUAGGGCAACCCCAGCGCUACCCCUCCUCCCCACUGGGCCUGGCAGGGCUCACCUUCCCGCCAGGCCUGGAGGUGCCAAGUGCCUCUCCUAGAGGAGUGCCUGGCCGGCUGAGGACAAGGGCCGGACGUGCUGACUGGCACCAGGGUCCCCAGUCCAGAGCUGAGAGGGCCUCGUCGUGCGCGCCAGCCCCUGCCCUGGGCUCCCGAGCCGUGGUGACUCCGGAGCCGCGGGCGGGAGCCGCCCACGUCCUCGCACAGCAGCCCACGCGCAGGGUUUAAAGCCCAGAGCUCGUGACCCCGAAAAGGGAGCCUCAGGCCUCCUGCAGGGCAGGGGCGGGGGGGCAGCGUACAAGGGCCAUCAGAGGGGAGCUGCCCCCCGCUGUCACCGCGGUGGCUUGGGAGCGCCCCAGGCUUGUAGCCCGUGGUUCCCACCCGUCCCUGCUCUAGCUCCAACACUAAUGGUGGCUCCCUUUGGAGCCGAGCUGUGGGUGCUUGGCGUUCACUCUCUCCACGUCUCUUGGGUGCCAUGGGGUGAGAUGGGGCCCCGGCCACUAUUCCCAUGGCAGGAGGGCCAGGUUCCCGGGCACCUCACCAGCUCCCGUGGUCCCCCCCCCCACAAUCAUGCAUGCACCUGCUGGGCCAGCCCCCCUCGGAGACACAGGUGACUCACGAACUCUGCAUUUUCAAUGUGCCUUCUGCCUCGGGGCCUGGGGGCUCCUCCUGACCCUCCCUGUGUGCCCCCGGCCCUGAGCCUCAUGCCUCGUGUCCUGGAGCCCAGAGCAGCUGGACCAGGAGCAGCCUCCGGGGUGGGGUCUCGGCCCCUCCUCCUCCCUCCUUUGAUUUCAGUGCCUUGCUCAGCUCCCCAGGGAACCCCUGCAGCCUCCGCCCCAACAUCUCGCCGGCUUCAGACUUUGGACAGAGCGAGGACGCCAGGUCUUCUGAGGCCCACGGUGGUCUCGGGGAGGGGGACGUGGGUUGUGCAAGAACAUGGGUCCGCCCCAGCCCUCCCCUCGGGCCCCCUGGCGGCCCCGGCCUGUGGGAGUCCCCUGUCGUAAUCAGCCGCGAUCUGCUUUCUCGUUCUUGUCGCACAUCUUCAACUCUCACAGCUUGCCCCGCAUGUUGUUAUUUUCCAUCCUCGUGAAAGGAAGACGCCCCUUCCCCAUUUGCCACCGUGGCUGCUUCCCAGGAGGCCUUGCGGGGUAGGCGGGGCCGGGAGGCCUCCACGGUGGCCCCGCUCCCCCGCGGCUUGGCCCCUCCCUGGAGCUCCCCGGCUGUUUACUGAAAACUCAAUUAAAGCAUCUGUACUUAGCCUUC